AUGGUAGCCAACUGGCUGUCUGAUCAAGUCUCACAUGAGCCGGUGUUGUUGAGCCAAUCCACUCAUCAAACGAUAGCGUUCCACACUUCCAUUUUAUCCUCAACUACCUGUCCUCUACUUCAAAACCCUUCAUCAUCACCUACCUGUCCUCUACUUCACUUCCCUUCAUCAUCAACUACCUGUCCUCUACUUCACUUCCCUUCAUCAUCAACUACCUGUCCUCUACAUCACUUCCCUUCAUCAUCAACUACCUGUCUCUUCCUACUUCCCUUCAUCUCACUACCCCUCAUAAUCAUCAACUACCUGUCCUCUACUUCACUUCCCUUCAUCAUCAACUACCUGUCCUCUACUUCACUUCCCUUCAUCAUCAACUACCUGUCCUCUACUUCACUUCCCUUCAUCAUCAACUACCUGUCCUCUACUUCACUUCCCUUCAUCAUCUAUACAUCAACCACCUUGUCCUCUACUUUCACCUCACUUCCCUUCAUCAUCACCUGUCCUCUACUUCACUCAUCAACCUGUCCUCUCACUUCCUUCUCAUCAUCAACUACCUGUCCUCUUCACCUCCUUCAUCAUCAUCCACCUGUCCCUCUACUUCACUACCUCAUCAACUACCUGUCCUUCUCACCUCUUCCCUUCAUCAUCAACUACCUGUCCUCUACUUCACUUCCCUUCAUCAUCAACUACCUGUCCUCUACUUCACUUCCCUUCAUCAUCAACUACCUGUCCUCUACCUCACUUCCCUUCAUCAUCAACUACCUGUCCUCUACUUCACUUCCCUUCAUCAUCAACUACCUGUCCUCUACUUCACUUCCCUUCAUCAUCAACUACCUGUCCUCUACUUCACUUCCCAUCAUCAACCACCUGUCUUCACUUCCUUCAUCAUCAACUACACUGUCCUCUACUUCACUUCCCUUCAUCAUCAACUACCUGUUGUCCUCUUCACUUCACUUCAUCAUCAUCAACUACCUGUCCUCUACUUCACUUCCCUUCAUCAUCAACUACCUGUCCUCUACUUCACUUCCCUUCAUCAUCAUGUCCUCUACUUCACUUCACCUGUCCUCUACUUCACUUCCUUCAUCAUCAACUACCUGUCCUUCUCAUCUUCACUUCCCUUCAUCAUCAACUACCUGUCCUCUACUUCACUUCCCUUCAUCAUCAACUACCUGUCCUCUACUUCACUUCCCUUCAUCAUCAACUACCUGUCCUCUACUUCACUUCCCUUCAUCAUCAACUACCUGUCCUCUACUUCACUUCCCUUCAUCAUCAACUACCUGUCCUCUACUUCACUUCCCUUUCAUCAUCAACUUCUGUCCCUCUACCUCACUUCCUUCUAUCAUCAAUCUACCUGUCCUCUUCACUUCACUUCAUCAUCAGAGGUUCAUUCAUGAAGCAACUCCUGUCCUCUACCUACUUCCACUUCUCAUCAUCAACUUGUCCAUUUUCACCACUUCCCUGUCAGACAUCAACUACCUGUCAUCAUCCAUUCACCCCUUUAACUACCCGUCUCCACAUCAGCUUACCUUCAUCAACUACCUGUCCUUCAAUAUCAAUGACUCAUGA